CUUGUGACGCGCACCCUCUUUAUCCCAGGGAGGCCGGAGCUAGUGCAGCGCUGGGGAGGCGGUGGCUCUAAGCGUGAAAUGAGGCGAAGGAGAUUUACUUAAUUAGGCGGCGGGCCAAUGUUCCCUGAGUGCGGAGUGGCAGCUAAAUCCCGCCCGUGCCCCCCACAGCUGCAGGAGGAGGAGGUGUCCUACCCGGAGUGGAUUAGCCGGAGUUACGUGGAGCUCAUGAGUCUGAACGAGCACUCAAUGCAGGCGUUGUCCUGGAGAAAGCUGUACCUGAGCCGGGCCAAGCUCAAAGCCUCAAGCCGAACUUCGGCGCUGCUUUCCGGCUUCGCCAUGGUUGCAAUGGUGGAAGUUCAGCUAGAAGCCGAUCACGCCUAUCCUCCUGGACUUCUUAUUGCAUUCAGUGCCUGUACCACUGUUCUGGUUGCUGUCCAUCUAUUUGCACUUAUGAUAAGCACCUGCAUUCUCCCUAAUAUAGAAGCAGUGAGCAAUGUACAUAAUCUCAAUUCUGUGAAAGAGUCCCCACAUGAACGGAUGCACCGUCAUAUCGAAUUGGCCUGGGCCUUUUCCACCGUUAUUGGGACGCUCCUGUUCCUGGCAGAGGUCGUGCUGCUUUGUUGGGUAAAAUUUCUACCGGUGAACAGUCCAAAGUUAUCUUCCAAUGAUACUUCUACUGUUAGCUCUGGCCAAGCAGCUGCCAUCGCCUCCACAGCUAUCAUGGUCCCCUUUGGAUUAGUUUUCAUAGUGUUUGCUGUUCACUUCUACAGAUCAUUAGUCAGCCAUAAAACUGACCGACAGUUCCAAGAGUUAAAUGAAUUGGCAGAGCUGGCUCAACUUCAGGAUCAGUUGGAUCACAGGGGGGAUCCAGUACAGUCCCCGGGUCAUUAUGCAUGAAAUAUCUUGAAUAGGCCAAAUUUUCUGUCUUAGGCUAUAUUCAAAACACAGAUGUCCAGUGGUUAAAGACCUCUGCUCUGAACUAAAACUUUGUAACAAGAGUGUCUGUGCAAUAUGGGGUGGAAGCUAUAUACAGGGCUCUUUUUAGCCUCUCUGAGCAUGCUUAGUCUGCAAAUGGAGUGAUAGUAUCCACACACUCUAUCCACCAAAGAUUCUGUUCUUUGCUACGUAGUCUCUGCCCAGGCACUGCCUGAAGGCCAUGCUUAUAUUUCCAAAGGGAUAGCCAACCCCAAUUGUUCUCCCUCAUUGCUGUUAAAGAGCAAAGGUUGGGGACCAUGCAUAAUGUAGACCGUUUUAACUGCCUGGGAGUGGGGGUUUGCCCACUAUUGAUUUAACUUCUUUAGAUCCAGGAGGAGUCUCAAGUAUAAUGAGAAAGACCUCCUCCUGCUAAUGGUUUCAAUACCAGCAUGCUUCGUCUGAUAGAUUUGUAUUAACACAUUUAUUUUGUUACUGACUACAACAAUAAGACCGCUGCAUUAUUUACUGUUUGCUCAAGGAAUAAGCAGCAUAUUGUUUUGCAUGAAUGACACUGUAAUCCGUCGCAUGCAGAGGAGCUGAUUACAGAGAGCACCUUUCUACUGCAUGCAACAAUUACUUACCAGUCACUGGAUUGCUCUUUCAAUGCUGGACAUGGCUUGUGCAUGUAUAUAUGCCGCAGCUGUAGAUCGGAUAUCACUGUUGCUAUUUUGCUCCAGACUGUCACACUUUCAGAGAAAAAAGUCCUCUUGUUGCAGGAAGUGCCUUCAGUGUAUUGUUUGCUGUUGCGUCGCAUGAAUGGAUAUGUUUUGCUUGUUUGCCUUUUGGUGCCAAGAGAAAACUGCUUGCAAGUAUAGGUCCAAUGGCCUUUUGCAGCAACAUUCUGGUCCUAUAUGUGAGGACAAUAUGGGUUGCUCAGCAUAACUUGUGCCCCUCCCAUUAUUAUUUUAAAAUAACUGCAAAAAUGUCCAUUAGUUUUUGAUAUUGCGUCAUUCUAUUCAUAACGUAUUCUGUAUGCAAAAUUCCUUUUUGUUAAGGGAUUACGUAAAUAGAAAAAUUAACUUUAUUAUGAAACAAAACAGACUUAGCCAAAUUAUUCAAAGGGCAAUUUUGUAUUUUUUUUUUUUAUACAUAGAUGUUAAGAAUUAAGUGUUACCAAUUAUUAAAAAAAACUGUGAUGUUACAAUAUAAAAUGUGCCAUUUUCCUUGUGUGUCUGCCCUAUAAGCUGCUGUUAAGUGUGUGUCUUAUGUAACUGUGAAACAGGUUCUUAAUGUAAGUUGAAACAGGACAAAGGAAGCCUAUGUACAUCUAAAGGGAAAAUAUACCAUGUUCUCAAGUAUUGCUCAUCUUCCAUGUAUUUUACAUUAGAUGAUAGCAAAUAAUUGUGUAAUUUACUGCAGACAGAAGAAUCCUUCCCUGCAUUAUCUAGGUUGCACAUAUUUCUUAUAUAAUGUAUGCCUGUGCUUAUUGUUUCCACUACAUAAUUAAUAUCUUAUUUAUAAACAGAAGAUAAAAUUUAGGUGCAUUAAUUGAUCGAUGCCCAGUAUAUUAAAGGGAAAUAUGUAGUGGAUAAACAUUACUUUAUAAUGGCAUUUAUUAAGUAUAUUUUCCCUUUAGAUAAAACCCAUUACUUAGUCAUUUUAAAAAUUUCAAUUGUUUUUUUUUUUUUUUUUACUUUUCCCAAAACACCUACUGUAUUUUACAGUUUGAGCAAAAGCUUUUACACCUUGUGCUUUAAUCCUUUAUUUUAUGUUCAUAUGUCACUGUCUUUAAUAAACUUUUUUUUUUUUUUGCAUAAA